CUCAGUGCUGAGACCAGACACUUGUGGAGAGGAACGCCGUCCAUCAUUGAAUCUGACUUCAGGGCAGCUGUCUGAGGAAGAAAGAUGACUCCCCCUCUCAAGAAACGGAGGGGCACGCCUCGUAGUCAUGACUGUCAGCAGUGUGGUAAAGAGUUCUCUUCUUCAUCAGAUUUAAAGACACAUGUGCGAGUUCACACUGGAGAGAAACCAUACAGUUGUGAGAUCUGUGGGAAAGCUUUCACACAGUCAUCUGCAUGGAAGCGUCAUAUACGCACUCACACUGGAGAGAAACCAUACAAAUGUGAGGACUGUGGUAACAGUUUCAGUCAGGCAAGUCACUUCAAGACUCACAGAAACAGCCACACCAGAGAAUUACUCUACCCUUGUCAGGACUGUGGUAAAGUCUUUACUCAUCAAGGUGCUUUAAAACGUCAUGAGCGUAUUCACACUGGAGAGAAACCGUACAGCUGUGAGCAAUGUGGUUUGGCCUUCUCUCAAGUAAGUCAUCUAGGGAUCCAUCGGCGUUGCCACACGGGAGAAAAGCCGUUCAGUUGUGAUCAGUGUGGGAAAGCUUUCUCAAAGUUAGGGAACCUCAGGUUACACCGCCGCAUUCAUACUGGAGAGAAACCGUACAGCUGUGAGCAAUGUGGGAAAACCUUCAGGCAAAAAAUCCACUUAACAUUCCACCAGCAGAUCCACACUGGAGAGAAACCCUUCAGCUGUGACCAAUGUGGGAAAACCUUCAGGUAAAAAAUCAACUUAACAUUCCACCAGCAGAUCCACACUGGAGAGAAACCACACAAAUGUAGACACUGUGAGAAAGCCUUCAGAAGUCAACAGGAAUGCAUCACACAUGAACGCGUCCACACCGGUCUGAAACCAUACGUCUGUGGGGAGUGUGGGAAGAGUUUUGGGAGUUCAUCUUCACUUGGCAGACAUAAACUCACCCAUGUUGGAGUCAGAGAGUACCAGUGUGAGCGCUGUGACAAAAGGUUUGUUUCAGCUCAGAGUCUUGAGGAGCAUCUGCGUAUCCACACCGGACACAGGCCGUACUGGUGUGUUGGUUGUGAGAAAAGCUUCACAAGGAGCUCUGGGCUGAAAACACACAAAUGUGUCAAAAAAGAGAACUAGGGGGUGCUCGUGAGCAGCGACAUGUAAAGACAUGGGUUUACGAGCUCUGCAUGGAUUAAAAUUUAAAUAUUGUUUUUCGCUCUCAGUCAAAAUGUUAAAAAGGACAUACUACAACGUGUUUGUAGUCGUAUAAUUCAAAAAUAGAUGUCUCCUUAACUGUCUGGUCAGUUAAAUUGCCUUGAAAUGCCAAAACAUUCGAAGGCCAAAGCAGGCCCAGAGGCCUUGGACUCUUCCGACCCUGAAUCCCCGAUACCCCCGAGAGCUUGUCAGACAUGGACACGAUAAUGAUGGCGCUGCAGAGAAUGGAACAAAGUGUGGUAGCUAAGAUCAUUACGUCUAUCGCCGCAUUAUCAGGUGAACUACACAAGAAAAUAAACCAUCUCUCGAGGGACAUGAGAACGGAAAUUACCAAAGUCCAAGGAGAGAUGAAAGCAUAUGCUACACGGAUCGAUAGCCUGGAGGAAGGAGCUAACCGCUAUGCUAACAGGGUUGUGUAGUUUGAAAAUAAAGUUACGUCUCUCACAUCAGAAGUCACUCAGUUGACGGCUAAAACCGACGACCUAGAAUGUCGCCAACAGAGAGACAACUCCAGAAUAAUCGGUGUGGAGGAAAGUUUUGGAGACAUGUGACCGGAGGCGGCGGUGGCUAAUCUGCUGAAAGAUACCCUGGACCUGACCUACACACCCACGCUGGACUGAGUGCACCUGAGCCUGCAGCCUAGACCAAAUGGUGGAAAUCCCCCGAGGGCUUUAAUCAUCCAAUUUGACUAUUUUCAAGAAAAAGCUGAUGUUCUUCGCAAGGCUGUGGGCGCAGGGCCCAUGCUCCACAACAGGAAGUUCUUCUACAUCUACCACGACUACUGGGCAGCAGUCAGGAAGAAGAGGGCAACUUUUACGGAGGUCCGGAGAUCAGCAGCGGAGGCUUCUCAGAGGCCCACACAGAGCAUGCAUUAUGAUGCAAGGACCAAAGACUUAAUUGCGCCGAAUCUUUACAGGUACGCUGAUUUGCCAUUCCUGUUCAAAUAGGUGGCUAUCUGAUUUAAAACAUGGUAACAGGGAGGGGGACACAUUUUGUGUUUAUUUUUUAAUGACCACUGAUAAUAUUAAGUUAUAUGACAGUCCUUGGUGAAUUAGUCCUCCUGAUAUUUUAUUUUAUUUCAUUUUGAGCUCUUCUGUGUCCACCAGAACUUUUAUUCUAUUUUAACUUAAAAAGGCGUAUAUAAAUAUAUUUUAUUUCAGGGCUCACCCACUUAUUUUGUGAUGCUGUCUGCAGCUGUGGACUCUGAAUGAUGGUUAAAUGUUGGUUCUAUUUAAUGGUCUCAUCAAGGUGUAGCUAUUUGAAGAACAAUUCAAAAAUGGCCCCAUUUAUUGCUAGUUGACCCAUGUAGGGUUCUGUUGAGAGUUAAGAGUGGAUUUAACCUGUUAUAUGCUAGAAGGUAGGGGGACUAUUUGUAGGGCAGUCUCAUGUUCAGGGAAGACCAGCCCAGGGUUCCAGGAUGGCAAGAGGAGGUUUGUUUCUUUAUCUGGUAUGUUUUCUUUU